GGGAGAGUUAAAUACCUGAUUGAGAACCAUCUUCUCAAGACUGAGUCUGUACGACUCUUUAUUCUUGAUGAGGCAGACAAACUUCUGGAGGACAAUUUUCAGGAGCAAAUCAAGUGAGUGUAUGGUAACAACAUUCCAUUUAACUGUGUUGUAGAAUUGUACAUUUUGGCCUAAAUUUUAGAAGUGACUCAUAUUUUUUCUUUCCAAACAGAUGUCUCAAAAAAAUUAUUUGUAUAUAUUAUUUGUAUAAUAUUUAGUUUAAGCCUUUACACCCUAAAAUCAGUAUGUAUAUUCUCCAUACUGCUCUUUACACAUUUCCUAAAGUGCUGACAAGGAGAUUUCAUUGGUGAUCAUUUCCUUUAUUCUCAUGACCCUAAUGUUUGAUUCAAUGGUGAUAUUGUUAGGAGAAAUUUGAUUCUAAUCAUUCUAAGGGCUUAAAGGAGUAAGCCUGUGGGAGAUGCUUUGGCCUAAUGGUCAAUGUACUGGACUCUGGAUCAAGAGGUCUUGGUUCAGGACCUGUAGUGUUUUUAGGCAGCAUACUUACUGUCAUCAUGCCUCUUUCCACCCAGAAGUAUAAAUGAGUACUGGUGGAUUGUCAGGGGAGCUUGAUGAAAUGUAGGGGGGGGGGGUGUAACCUUGUGAUAGAUUAGCAUCCCAUCCAGGUUGGGAGGGGGCAGUAAUAUCUCUAUUUGCUUCACGCUAAGAAAACUGAGAUAAGUUUAGGCCAUGUGAGCCACUGGGCUCGACAUCAGAAUUGGCCAGUUUAAAGCUUCGUGCAAAAUACUAAGGCCUGUGAGAGGAUUUGUUAAUAAGAACAUAUGGCGAUCUCUUGCAGCUGGGUAUUUUCGUCUUUGCCAUCAAACAAGCAAAUGAUGGCAUUUUCUGCAACCUACCCAGAAUACCUUGCUAAACACCUGACAAGAUACAUGAGGGAACCAACGUUUGUGAGACUUAAUGCAAGUGAUCCCACCCUUCAGGGUAAGCACUUUUGCUAAUGUGAAGCUCCCCAGGCAUGUAUAAACCUUUUUUGUUUUUUUUUUCUGAGACAGUUUGGCAGUAAAUCUUUCUUCUUAUUACCUUUCUGCUUAAAAAUGCACUGAUAAUGUAAGGAGAAAUUUCUUUUCACUCACUCCUUUACGCCCUAACAUCAGCAUUAAUAUUCUCCAUACUGUUCUCUAUAAAUUUCCUAAGAUGCUGACAAGGAGAAUUUGUUUAACAAUCAAGAGAUUCUUUAUUUGAUGAUCAUUUCCUUUAUAUUCAUGACCUUAAUGUGUGAUUUUGGAGUGAUAUUGUGAGGAGAAAUUAGCUGCUAGUCAUCCCUAGGGGUUAAAGGGUUAAUGUUGCUCUACAAAUAAACUUACACUUGUACAAGGUUGGAGCUUGUACACUAUUCAGGGUACUGUGAAAUUUUAAAUCUUUUGGAAAUGAUAAAAAAAAGUCAUCAAGGCAACCUUAAAAAUAAUUUUUUUUGGUUAGAAAGGUCUCUAAGAGAGGUAGACUUAUUUGUAAUCAAUGAUAGCAAAGAUAACUCAAAGACGUCCUUUUUAGUUAUAUAAAACCUUCUUAUGCAUUCAAGAUAGUAAGUGAAUAUUUUAUCUUCAGGAAUCCAACAGUUUUAUCAGAUGGUCCCCUUUCAUCCACUGCCACACAAAACAUUUCAAGAAAAGGUACAUCUUUGAUAUAUAUAGAAAUAUUACUUUAAAGUUAGCAAUCAGUUCAAGUGAAAGGAGGAAAGAAAUAGAAAAUUCAAAGUAGAUGUUAAUACUAUACUAUGUCCUGUAAUUGUAUACAUACAGUAACUGUACUUAGUACUGUGCGAUUUACAACAUAGGUUACUUGGUGCUGCAUGUAGCCCAGAUUAAUGAACAAAUAAUGACAACCAAAGAAAGUUAGCUUAACUUCUUAGCUAGAUUGUAGAGAUUAGGGGCCAUAUGAAAGGUAUCUACUCUCAACAAGUAGCUGACUGACCUCCUGUGCAAGUCUCUUAUUAGAUAUCUCAGGUAUUUAACUAUCAUUGGCAGUGCAGUUUUAAUUUGAUUGGUAUUAUUAAUUUCCCGACUAACAUUGAAUCACUAUGCAUAUUGUUUAUUGCUGUAGGUCACUAGGCUUUUAAAGCUACUUUCAAGCCUACCAUUUCAACAAUGUCUUGUCUUUUCAAACUACCAGAUAAGGUAUGUCUUUUAAAGGAGCAGCAUUACUAGUGUAUAAUAUAUAUAUAUAUUUUUUUUUUUCCACUCUUGUAAAUUUUAAACAAUCACUUUUGUCUAAAACUAGAUAAUUAGAUAAUGCAAUUCAAGAGUUUUCAUCGGCCUGGCCAUCAUGAGUUAUAAACCAUUAUACCAUGCUAUACAAAGUGUUUUUGUACAUUGUUGCAUUCUGUUUGUUAUUACAAACAAAAGUUGACAUUUAUUUAUCUUUUUUCAGGCAUUUCUCACCAAACAAUUAUUCCCCUUGUGCUUGUUGGACAUGAGAUGAUAAUAGCCAACUUGGUCCUUACAGGUCUUGUUGGCUAUUUGUCAUCUCACAUGUAAUGUGCACACAUGAAAUAAUUUUUGAAAUUAUAAUAGUCGUCAUAAUUGGGUUCUUUUGCUUCUUUAACUGGCCUUUUAGAGCUCAAAGCCUCUGUGAUACUCUUCGUCAAAAUGGAUGGCCCUCUGUCUUUAUUGCAGGUUUGUAUAGCGAUGGAGGAUUUUGCUAAAGGUGUAGCAUUUACCAAAUGAUUUGUCUGAUCUGUCAUUUAGUUUAAUUUGGGCAAUUUUUGGAUAAAAGAUAAUUAAGUUUCACUGUAGAAAAGGCUAACGUUUACAUGAAAUGUAUAUGUUGAAAAAAAUGCAGCAUUUAUUGUCCUCCCAAAGAACUCAAAGUUUUUAAUAUUGGGUAGCAGUGCUCAAGCCUUUUGUUCAAACACAAAUUUGGGAGACAAUUCCCUCCACCCCCUCUUAGCUUUUUAUGCUUUUGUGCAGAAAUUAUAUCAAUAACAGCAUAAAAUUGGCUCCAUAAAAAGUCAAAAUUAUGAGGUUCUGGCGGCUAACAGUAUCUUUGUGUCUUUGAUAUAAAAUAUUCCAGAUAAGUUAUUGAUUUCUUCAACUUUCAGGAAGUCAAACCCAGAUACAGCGAUUGAAAGCCAUGGAGAGGCUAAAACAGUUUAAAUGCAGAGUGCUUAUAUCAACAGACCUGGUCAGUUACAUUUUAUGAUUCUUGUCUUUCUUUUUUUUGUUGUUGUUAGUUUUAGUUAGAACUUCAAUGUCAAACUUUUAUUUUAUUGUCAAAUUGAAACAAGUUCAGGUAUAUUUCAUGACAAAACAUUGUUGACCUUACCAUUUUAAUUUACCCUUUAACUCCCAAGUGAUUAACAUGAAACUUCUCCCUAAAAUAUCCAUACACUAUGUGACAAACAGGUAAUGAGAAUACACAAACUAAUCAGGCAGAAGAUGUUAUCUUGAUCCAUCACCAAAUUCUCAUAACUAAUUGUGAAGGUUUGUGUAGUAGCAAGAGGGGAGAAUUAACAAUAAGAUCUUGAGAGUCAAAGGGCUAAGCUUAAAGAAAUGACCAUUGAUCAGUAUGAGAAUGUUGAUCAGAUCCUUUAUUUUGCUAAUUACGGUUAAAUUUUUUUUCAAGACUUCUCGUGGAAUCGAUUGUGAGAAUGUCAAUGUUGUGGUGAACAUGGAUGUCCCACGUGAUUCUGAGACAUAUCUCCACCGAAUUGGACGAGCUGGCAGAUUUGGUAAGUCAGUCAUAAUUUUGUAAGGACAACUAAUGCCCCAGACAAAUAAACAUGUUUUUUGUUUUGUUAAAGGGUUUUUUUUUUCUUCAUAGAAACUAUUUAAACGAAUAUUUUUUACUUGAAUGUAUUAAAACAUUACAGGUUCAAGUUUUUCUGUCUGUUUAUAAUUUUCAUUCAAUGAAAACCAGUUUAACAAAACAUGUUUUGCUGGUGUGAAUGGGGUAUAAGAUUCUAAACAUUCACAGGUUACCUGUCCUGACUAGUUGGCCAACCCAGUUGCCUUGUAAUAAACAAUUGGCUUUUAUCUGCCACUUUGUACAGGUACACAUGGUAUUGCUGUGACCUUUGUAGCCAGGGGGGAUGAGGAAAAGUUGUUCAGGAGAAUAGAAGAGAAUAUUGGUACUUCAACUGAAGCUUUGCCAGGUGAAAAUUUAUUUCCAUUACUACUAUGUGUUGUCUUGUUGCUUUUAAGAAGAAGAAAAAAUAGUGCAUGGUGUCAUGGUUCUGUUGAAUUAUCAAGCGCCCUGUUUUUCCACUCUCAAGAGAGAAAAAAAAACCAAUAACAACAACCUAUUGAAGCAGGCUGUAUACUUUAACCAAGCUUGUUGUUGCAGUAGAAAUAAAUAUGAGCCCAAAAUCUCCAGAUGCUUGUGUAGAACUAGAAAAUGGAGGGUACUUUGCAGGAGUUCAUCAAAAUAGUGUUCUUGGCACUUUACCCUGAAAUCUCCAAGAAUGAUGAGCAUCUAGUAAAUGAAAAAAUUUAAAGUAGCCUUUGAUUAUUACACAAAUUCUCCUUGUAAGUAACAUAACAAAUGUAUGGAGAACAGUCGAGAGAGCUUACACACUGAUGUUAGGGAGUAAAGGGUUUAACUUAAGAAUGCUUAAAAUACAUAUCAGGUGGAUGUUGCUGACAUGUGGUGCAUCUUUUUUAGAUGUCAUUCCUCCAUCCAUCAGCAGUGCAUUCAAUGGAAACACUGAAUUAGAUCCUACAACAACACUUCCCCAAGCAGCAUCUAUUGAAGUUGAUAUAUUGAAAAGUGAUUUCGUGCAAUCUGAAGUAGUGGAGAAGCAAGAGAGUCCACCUGUAAGUCAAAAUGAAGUCUGUGCACCAAGUAAUGAAAAGGUCUUGGAUAGUGUUGAUGAAAAAGUUCCUGUGGAAGAUCUAGACAGUUUGUCUGCAGAUAGUGUGGUUGAAAAGAUAUCUCUGAGUGCUGAUUUUGAGAGCCAAUCAGAUGAGCAAACAAUGGAAAAGUUUCAGACCGACAAUGACAUUGUUUUAUCAAAGGACAGUGAAACAGAGGAGGCAUUGGAUUACAUUCAAGAAAGGUUUCAGAACUCUUUGUUUCUGAGUCAAAACUGCAUCAAGAAGAACAUCAGCGGGAAAAAUCCUCAAAGUAUUCAGACUCAAUGCAUUUCAAGUGAGCUCCAAGUGAAUGAGACUGGUGCCAUUGGGGAGGUGAAUUUCCCAGACAUGGGUGAUGUCUCAUGCAAUGAUCUGAAGGAGAAUGUUUCAGAAGUAAAAACUGAUCUCCAACAAUCAACUCAAUUUAACCCAUCUGAAGAAAGACCAUCUGUUGUUGCAGACACUUCAGGUAAAUUAGAAGUUGACAAAGACCAUAGUUUGCAUCUGCAGUUAGAACUUGUCAACAAUAUGAAAGACACACUAAAUAAGGCCAACCAUGAAAGUGAUCUUUACUGCAGCCUACAAGGAAACAAGGAUGGAAUUGUCAGUCAGAGUUCAAUAGAGGGAUCAUCAGAAGACAAAGACGAAAAUGUAGACAAGGAAGAAGAUGAAGAAAAUUCUAUAGUAACACAAAGUUCAGAUGAGAAUAUAUCCGACAGUUGUAGUGAAAGUGAAGGAAGUUCUAAUAAUCUAAAAUUUGAUGCCUCUGAGGAAGAACAUGGAUUGAAUUUAGUGAGUUCUAUGCCUUCAGUGGAUGAAUUUGAAAAGGACUUUGAAAGAUACCUUGAACAUUUUUCUGGUCAUUCUCAAGAAGACUAUGUCUUUGAUGGCAUUCCUGGACCAAGUAAAUUGUUAGUUGAUGAUAUAAUUGAAGAUGGAAUUGAUUCCAGUGAAGAUUUCAACUGGCAUUGCAAGACUACUUUGGCACAUGCAGGAUCACAGAAUUACAACACUGUUCUUGAAACAUGCUAUCAAAGGCAGCCAAAAGAUGUAGCUAAUAGCUGCUUUUCUCAUUACUGUGGACAGUCUGCUGAACUGCAGAAUCCCACUGCAAAUGACCAGUUCGAUUUUCAAGAAAAUUCAUUUUGGGGACCUUCAGAUUACAGUCAAUGUCAAAAUGAUUUUUGUGAUGAAUGUUUUCAAGGUGCUGAUCACUUUUACAAUUCUAUUUAUUGUAAUAAUUAUGAUCCACACCAACUGUUGCCUGGCUACUAUUAUCACAAACCACCAUGCACUACUGACACACAAAGACAAACAGAUUUUGCCACAAAUACUUUGGGUCAGUUUUCACUUAAUACUGGAAGUUAUCAAGAGUAUCAAUGGAAUGCAAGCUGGUAUAAUGCAUAUCAAAGACAAACAAGUUGUAUCAGGCAGUUUGUAUCUUUUAGUAGGUCUAUGAAGUUAUAG